UACUUGGACAAGGCUUAACCCAAAUUAUAUAGCUUGGCUGGGUUCGACCCACCCAAAACCGGGUUACUCUCCCUGACUCACACUCACAGCCUUGUUGUUGGCACUUCUCCAGCAAUAACCUAAUAUCCCCCUUCGCGAUUCCAAUCCUUGUCUAUGCUGCUGUGCCUCCUAAAUCCAAACACCAACUAUGAAUCGGUCCAAGGCAAUCGUCGCCUCUCUCAGAUUAGCAAACUCGCUUCUCUCCGCCCGGGUCAACUCAACUGCUUCCUUCUACUCUCAGGUGAGUCUCUUCUCCCGCCUCUCUUCACGUCUCUCAUUUCAACUACACCCUUCUCAUUUACCAAACACCCAUCAAAGGCUUUACUUCUCUACAAAAACCAACUCAUUGCUCCAACUCAUACUGAACAACGACUGGUCUGAUGAGUUAGAGACCGAGUUAGACAAGUUUAACUCAGCAUUGACUCAUGAAACUGUCGUCUACCUUCUUAAGAAACUCGAUAAAGACCCAAAAAAGGCAUCGAAUUUCUUCAAUUGGGCACGUGAUGAAAAUGGGUUUAAUCCCAAUUCUUCUGUUUAUAGCUUUAUGCUUAGAAUUUUGGCUAAUAAAGAUACAAUGAAGGAGUUUUGGAUAACUUUAAGGGAAAUGAAGGACCAAGGUUUUUAUCUUGACGAGGAAACUUAUUAUACAAUCCAUUCAUGUUUUAAAAAGAAUAAGAUGGGUAAUGAUGUUGUGGCUUUAACCCAUUUUUAUAAAAGAAUGCUUGAAGAGAAUGCUAAGGAUAGCGUUGCACAAAAGGUAGCCGAUGUUUUUUUGGGGCCUGAAUGGAGGAGUGAUGAGACUGAGAAAGAAUUGGAUGGUAUGAAAAUCGUUUUAUCUGAUAAUUUUGUGAUAAGGGUGUUGAAGGAACUUCGAAGUGACCCUCCGAAAGGCUUAAAGUUUUUCCGUUGGGCAGGUAAGUGUUCAAAUUAUAAGCAUAAUACGGUUACUUAUAAUGCUCUUUUGAGAGUUAUUGCAAGGCAUGAUUCUAUUGCAUUGUUUUGGAGUGUUGUUGAGGAGAUGAAUGGCGAAGGAUUCGAGAUGGAUAUUGAUACUUAUACAAAAGUUUCAAGGAAUUUUCAGAAGUUCAAGAUGUUGGAGGAUGCAGUUAAACUUUAUGAAAUCAUGAUGAAUGGUCCAUAUAAGCCUUCAGCUCAACAUUGCGGCUUACUCUUACGGAGCAUUUCUGGUGCUGAUACACAAGGUUUAAAUUUGGUAUUUAGAGUUGUGAACAAAUACGAGGCUGCUGGACAUACACUUUCUAAGGCUAUUUAUGACGGGAUUCAUCGCUCUUUAACCAGGGUGGGUAAAUUCGAUGAAGCAGCGAAUAUUAUGAAGGCUAUGAAAAAUGCUGGGUGUGAUCCUGAUAAUAUCACGUACAGCCAACUGGUCUUUGGACUUUGUAGAGCAAGAAGACUCGAAGAAGCCUGCAAAGUUUUGGAUGAAAUGGAAGCACAUGGAUGUAUUCCAGAUAUCAAGACAUGGACUAUUUUGAUUCAAGGUCAUUGUGAUGCUAAUCAAAUUGAUAAUGCAUUGAUGUGUUUUGCAAAGAUGCAGAAAAACUGUGACGCUGAUGCUGACUUGUUGGAUGUCUUAAUUAAUGGUUUUGUUAGUCAGAAUAGAAUAGAUGGUGCAUACAAAUUGCUCGUGGAGAUGGCAAAUAUAGUUCAUUUAAGACCUUGGCAAGCAACAUUUAAGAUUCUCAUCAAGAAGCUUCUGGGGAAAGGAAAACUUGAAGAAUCAAUGAACCUUCUUAAGUUGAUGAAGAAACAAAACUACCCACCUUACCCCGAGCCUUUCAUUCAAUAUAUUUCAAAGUUUGGGACUGUCGAUGACUCUAUGGAAUUCUUGAAAGCAUUGAGUGUGAAGGAAUAUCCGACCGUUGGAGCUUACCUUCAUGUUCUUGAAUCAUUUUUGGAGGAAGGGAGACAUUCUGAGGCCCAAGAUCUACUAUAUAAGUGCCCUCAUCAUAUUCGUAACCAUCCUAAAAUCUCUGAACUAUUUGGUACCAAAUCUACUGCUUGAUUAUUGUUUUGUUUUGUUUUGAUUUUUCUCUAAAUACUGAGAAACAGCUCAAACUAGAAUCUUACUUGUAGACAGAUGGAAUGGGCAAUUCCAUCUUACUAGGAAUUUUUUGGGGGGCAUUAUCUAUCUGAAGUAAAAUUGUCAUGAAUCUUAUUUGGGGAACUUCAGCUGACAAGUUGUAAGGUUUUGCAGUGUUCAUCUUAACUAUUGUUGUGGCUGGUUAAAUUUGGCUGAGCAGUUCCUUCCAGUGGCUCUAUAAAGAGUACGUGCAGUUAUUUUAGUUGGUUAAGGAUCGCUGGGACAAAAUUGUGGUUUUAACAUUGUCUUAAAACAGAUUUAUGAGUCGAAAGGAAUACUAAAUAAUUUUAAAGUGGUAGUAACAAACAAAAUUACCAUACACCCAUGACCCACCCAAUAAAAUAGACCCACCAAUCUCUACCAUCUAUCCAUAUCCACAUGCCCCUGCUUUAGUCUGCAGCUGAUAUUUCCUUGAAAAAUAAAAAACAAAUCCUUUUUCAAUUGUAGUACUACUACUAUUUAAUUCAAGUUAUAAGAAACGUAAAAAAGGAUAUAGAUACGAAGGGCUUAUGUCUCCUCAUGGGCACAGCAACAUUAACAAUGUAAGGUUCUAAUUUACCCGAAGAUAAACAGUACUAUGGACUAUGGCCCCUACGACAACGACCAUGAAGAAAAUGCUAGAGCUUGAAGAUGAUCACAGCAAGGACCUUUGAAAUUAUCAAAGCCGUGGCACAAGCCUGGCACUGUCAGUCCGGCAGCUUUAGGGUAACCAACGAAUUCGAUGCCUAUGGCCGAAAUUUCAAAGGUAAGCCUUCCAGGUUCAAGCAUGAAGCUGAGCAAGCCAUCUGUCAAGGUCAGGAACACUAUUGCUACCCCAAAUUGGGACUUCGGGCAGUCACUGUGGGAUUCAUGUGAGAUUCUCACCGUGGCCAAAAAGCUUGAGGCUG